AUGUCUCGUAAAGAUUUGACGUUGGUUGAAAAAAUUUCCAUUUUGGACAAAAUUAAGGCUCAACCUCAUAGCCUUCGUGAGUUAGAGAAAUUAAUAGGCACGUCUAAAUCGGUACUAAGCCGAUUGAAAAAUAAUGAAAAAGCUAUUCGUGAACAAUGGGAAAAAUUAAAAGACAGCAAUAGUGCACCUGUAAACAGAAAAAGAAAGCGGGAAGGCAAAGAUCCCGAAGUAGACAAAGCUAUGAACGAAUGGUUUUCUGCUGUUACAGAACGUGGUGUUCAUAUUUCGGGCUCCAUGUUACAGCAGAANAUAAUGUAGCGCAAUGCGUAGGAAAUGGGGAGUUAUUUUUAAAAAUUGAUGAUGGUGUGCAGUGCUUCAAUGAAAAUGAGAAUUACAAUAAUAUUCUUGACGAAAUUGCUGAGAGAAGUCUGCAAAAUGAAGAAAGUGAUGAAAAUGACGACGUUCAACCCGUCAAAAUUACAACAAGAGAAGCAGAAAAGUGCAUUGAUCAGCUGAGACUAUAUUUCAUGCAAAAUGGAAACGAAAAUGCCCCAACAACUUCACUAGAUGUCUGUGCAGAUUUUAUCAAUAAGCAGUCUUGA